AUGGAAAGCAACCAAUUUAUAACAGAUAUACCUAUAGCUAAACCAAAAAAACAGAAAUUUCAGACACAUUUAUYAAAACUGGAACAAGAGUAUAAUGGUAUAUCAACCGUGCCCAAUGAUACCUGUAUACGCAUAAAAAAAUCAGAUAGUGGAAAUUUUUGCAUCAAAAUACCCCUCAAAAAAACAAGAAGUGAUUAUUUGGUUGUUCAAAAAUACAAAACUUCGGACAUGGAAAAAGUAGAGACAAAAGAGAGAUGGAAAACCACAACGUUUAACGCAAAAACUGCUCUGAAUGAAAAAAAUAAAGCAGACAAUACAAUAAUGGCAGCAUUUAAUAAUUUGCAGAAUUUAUUAAUGAAUAAGUUUAUGAGUAACAGCGAAAAACAAAUUGAAUNAUUUAUUAUUAUAAUAAUACAUUUAUAUUUUAUA